AUGAAGCUGUCAAUAGCCCCACCAGACCCACUAAGACUUUUUCUUUGUCUUGACAACUUCCCGUUGCUUUGGGAAUCCAUCGUCCGCAUAACUGACAAACAUUGCAUUACGAGGAAUUUCGAGCGCGAGACCCUGGAGAUUGAGCGGGUUACGCAACCGCCAUACUUCAGCAUGCCGCACAAGCACAAGCGGAAACGAGGUGACGAUGCCGAUUUUAACUUACCACCAUCGCAAAGGGCAAUGCCACUCCCUGUCAAUUCAAAGACGAGUGUAUCGAAUGGUAUAUCUCGGCAAGCAAAGAAACGCCGCCAGGCCAAAUCCGACAUGGACGCGCCUCGAGCCUUUCAACGACUGAUGGCUUUCUCGUCUGGGAAAAAGUUUCACCCUGGCCUUGACGACGGCAAAAGUAAAAAGCCUACCGAGACAGAACCGAGACAACGAGGCGAAACACUACAAAUAAAGCCUGGCGAAGAUCUGAGAGCGUUUGCGGCACGCGUUGAUGCUGCAAUGCCGUUGGCAGGAGUAUCAACAAAAUCGGGCAUUAAAGGAAGUAAGGAUCUAGAUGGCAUCAAAACCAAAAGAACCCGAAAAGAGCGAAAAAUGCAUAAACUGUACGACCAGUGGCGAGAAGAGGAGCUGAAAAUCCAAGAACAGAGGGAGGAAGAGAAAGAACUGGCGGCAGAACGGGAAAUUGAGAACGAUGGAGUUGACAUUCUUUCUACUUCUGUUCUAGACGCUGAAGAAGGCUCAAACCGGAAGAAGAAGGGAAAGCAUGGUAAGUAUGCCCUCGAAGAUGACCCCUGGGCCGAGUUGAAGAAGAAAAGAGGAGAGCUGAAACACGGCUUAAACGAUGUGGCAGAGGCUCCUCCAGAGCUACACAAAAAGCAGUCAAGACUUCUUAAAGUAGUUGGAACAACUACGGUCAAUGUUGGAAGUGUGCCUCAGGCUGCUGGCAGCCUGAGGCGGCGUGAACAGCUAGAAGAGGAAAGACAAGAUGUGGUUGAGACAUAUCGACGGAUUCGAGAGUAUGAGCAAAGGAAGUUGGACUCUCAAAAAGUCGAGAGCCGAAAUUAG